AUGGCGACAGGGCAUGAUUCAUUCCAAUCAAAAGUGUUGAACCAAGGAGGUCAACUCGGGGAUUCUUAUCGCUCGUGGCAAAGCCGCCGUCCUGAGCUAUUUCGACAACCAAACUCAGUCUCGUCGAUGGCACCAAACACCGCAGCUCGGAUCUCAGUUGUUGCCGAUGGGCACGACAACAUCGUCAAACUACUGAACACCGUAUGUGACGGAACGCUACAGAAGUCCUUGAUAUCAAAAUCCCAAGCCUAUGCGACAAGAGGAGCUAUCCAAGCCAGAGCACCAAUUUCCAUGAUUGACCAUGAUGGAAGAAAACAUACCUCAAGCGCGACAAUUGCACUUCGCUGGUUCUACGAAGGUGGACUGCAAACAUUUACCGAGACGUUCUACAUCGUGGACAAAAUUCCCCGACUUGAAGGGGGCGAGUUGGACGCCAUGCUUCGCAAAGACGUUGAACGCACCUCGGAGCAUUAUCCCAUCCAGGCACAUCCAUACGUGCGCAGCCCGCACCGUCCCUCGGACCAGAAAGCCCCAGAUCAGAGCGAGGCGCAACUGCGAUAUAUCAAGGAGAAGCAAGCCGAGGCAAAAAGGGUGCAGGAUAACAGAGAAAAGAAGCCAGGACCAAAACGUUGA